AUGAACGAUGUCGUAAAAGGAACCAACGCCGCGACCACCACAGGUGAUGACCGUCAAACUGAAGACGAGAAGAUCCUGCCCCCACUGAAAGGCCUCUCCUUCCUCGAUCGGUUUCUCGUAAUAUGGAUCGUCCUUGCCAUGGCCAUCGGCAUCGUGCUGGGAAAUACAGUUGCCUCAGUCGGCCCGGCGCUCCAGAAGGGCGAGUUUGUUGGCGUCAGCAUACCCAUAGCAAUUGGUCUGUUGGUCAUGAUGUAUCCCAUACUGUGCAAGGUCAGGUAUGAGUCUCUGCAUUUGCUGCUCAAGUCUCGCGAGCUAUGGAUACAAGUUGGUAUAAGCUUCGUCUUGAACUGGGUCAUUGCGCCACUUUUCAUGGUAGGCCUGGCGUGGGCUUUCCUCCCAGACCGCCAAGACCUCCGCGAGGGUCUGAUCUUUGUGGGGAUAGCACGCUGCAUUGCCAUGGUGCUCAUCUGGACAGAUCUCGCAAAGGGGGACGGCGACUAUUGCGCUGUGCUAGUGGCGUUUAACUCGCUUCUGCAAAUCGUGCUCUUCGCGCCUUUUGCCGUGUUUUACGUACAAGUCGUCAGCCAUGGCGAAAAAACGAAUGUCUCGUAUGAAAACGUUGCUCAAAGCGUCGGCGUGUUUCUCGGGAUCCCUCUGGGUGCAGCGGUGCUCACACGCCUCGUGCUCAAAAAACUCAUCGGCGAGGACAGGUACCAGAGAAGGUUUAUAAGGUAUAUUGCGCCAUUUUCGCUGAUCGGGCUGCUGUAUACUAUCAUUGUUUUGUUUGCGAGCCAGGGGGCUCAUGUGAUCAGACAGAUCACUGACGUCCUGCGCGUAUGCGCUCCGUUACUUGUAUACUUUUUGGUCGUCUUCUCCAGCACGGUCUGGUUCUGCUGGAAGAUGGGCUUCGGAUACAAGGUAAGCUGCACCCAAAGUUUCACCGCUGCGAGCAACAACUUUGAGUUGGCCAUAGCCGUCGUGGUCGCGGUAUAUGGAGCGGGAAGUGGACAAGCCCUAGCAAGCACAGUAGGGCCUCUGAUCGAAGUGCCAGUUCUGGUGGCUCUGGUUUAUGUGCUCAAGUGGUUGAGGGCUAGAUGGCACUGGGCGUAG